AUGGCAGCAAUAAUGAGGAUUUCAAAACUUGCAGUGGUUAUGCUCCUCUUGUGCUUUUUUUCUAUGUUACUAGUGCUUGGCCAGAACAAACUAGACAGUGACACAACUUUGAGAGUGCUUUUGGAAGUGAAGAAGUCUUUUGUGCAAGACCCACAUAAUGUUUUGAGUGAUUGGUCAGAGAACAACAUAGACUACUGUAGUUGGAGAGGGGUGUCAUGUGGAUUGAACUCAAACUCAAUCUCAAACACUUUGGAUGAUGACUCGGUGCAAGUGGUGGGCCUUAACCUUUCUGACUCGUCACUCACCGGGUCAAUAUCACCUUCACUCGGUCAAUUGCAAAACCUGCUCCACCUUGAUCUCUCAUCCAACAACCUCAAUGGUCCCAUUCCACCUAAUCUCUCUAAUCUCAUUUCAUUGGAAUCUUUGCUUCUCUUCUCUAACAAACUCACUGGUCACAUUCCCACUGAGCUUGGCUCGCUCUCGAGUCUCCGAGUCAUGCGACUCGGUGACAAUGCACUAACGGGUAUGAUUCCCGCGUCUCUUGGAAACCUGCUUAACCUUGUCAACCUUGGUUUGGCUUCCUGUGGACUCGCUGGGUCGAUUCCUCCUCAACUCGGUCAACUCAGUCUCUUGGAGAAUCUGAUCCUGCAGGACAACGAGUUGAUGGGACCGAUUCCGACCGAGUUGGGGAACUGCUCAAGCCUCACCAUUUUCACUGCUGCUAACAACAAACUCAAUGGCUCAAUUCCUAGCGAACUGGGUCGACUCCAGAAUCUACAAAUUCUCAACCUUGCCAACAACAAUCUAUCAGGGGAGAUUCCGAGUCAACUCGGUGAUAUGAGUGAACUCGUUUACCUGAAUUUCAUGGGGAACCAACUUGAGGGUGGUAUUCCACCGUCUCUGGCUCAACUGGGUAAUCUUCAAAAUCUGGACUUGUCCAUGAACAAGCUCAGUGGGGGAAUUCCAGAGGAGUUGGGGAACAUGGGUCAACUACUUUACAUGGUUCUGUCUGGUAACAACCUUAAUGGUGUCAUCCCAAGAACCAUAUGUUCCAAUACAACAAGUUUGGAACACUUGAUGAUAUCACAAAGUGGAAUUCAUGGUGAGAUCCCAGCUGAGCUGAAUCAGUGUCAAUCACUGAAACAACUUGAUUUGUCCAACAAUUCAAUCAACGGAUCCAUACCUCUUGAGCUUUAUGGUUUGGUGGGGUUAACUGAUCUCUUGCUUAACAACAACAGUUUGGUUGGUUCCAUCUCUCCCUUCAUAGGGAACCUCAGUAACUUGCAGACACUUGCUUUGUUUCACAACAGUUUGCAGGGUGUUCUGCCCAGAGAGAUUGGAAUGCUUGGCAAGUUGGAAAUUUUAUAUCUUUAUGAUAAUCAACUAUCAGGGUUUAUACCUAUGGAGAUUGGUAAUUGUUCUAGCUUGCAAAUGAUUGAUUUCUUUGGGAACCGUUUCAGUGGGGAUAUUCCUAUCACUAUUGGAAGGCUGAAAGAGUUGAAUUUCCUUCACCUUAGGCAGAAUGAGCUUGUGGGUGACAUUCCUGCCACAUUGGGUAACUGUCAGAAAUUGAACAUCCUGGAUUUGGCUGAUAAUCAGCUCUCAGGUGCAAUUCCUGCAACAUUUGGAUUGCUCAAGGCAUUGCAGCAGCUCAUGCUCUACAACAAUUCUCUUGAAGGUAACCUUCCUCACCAGCUGAUAAAUGUAGCAAAUUUGACCAGAGUGAAUCUUUCAAAGAACAGAUUGAAUGGUACUGUAGCUGUACUGUGUAGCUCUAGAUCGUUUCUUUCUUUUGAUGUUACCAACAAUGAGUUUGACAGCGAAAUUCCGCCCCAACUGGGAAACUCCCCCUCCCUUGAGAGGCUGAGAUUAGGUGACAAUAAAUUUUCUGGUGAAAUUCCAAGGACAUUGGCAAAAAUCCGUGACCUGUCAUUGCUAGAUCUCUCAGGAAAUUCACUCACUGGACCAAUACCAGCUGAGCUUUCUUUGUGCAAUAAACUUACUUACAUUGAUUUAGACAGAAAUCUUCUUUCUGGACAAAUUCCAUCAUGGCUUGGAAAUUUGCCUCUGUUGGGAGAGCUUAAGCUCUCUUUCAAUAAUUUCUCCGGACCUCUUCCAUUUGGCCUAUUCAAAUGUUCCAAGUUGCUAGUUCUCUCUCUAAAUGACAACUCUCUCAAUGGAAGUCUACCAGCUGGUAUUGGUGAUCUUGCAUACCUUAAUGUCCUUAGGCUUGAUCAUAAUAAGUUCUCUGGACCAGUCCCUCCUGAGAUAGGUAAGUUGAGCAAGCUUUAUGAGCUCCAGCUCUCCAGAAAUAGCUUUAAUGGUGAGAUGCCAACUGAGAUUGGUAAACUUCAAAAUCUCCAAAUCAUUUUAGACCUUAGUUACAAUAAUCUCUCAGGUCAUAUCCCACCUUCUCUUGGGACUUUGUCAAAAUUAGAAGUACUUGACCUUUCCCACAAUCAACUCACGGGAGAAGUCCCUCCACAAGUUGGUGAAAUGAGCAGCUUGGGAAAGCUUGAUCUCUCAUACAACAACCUUCAAGGAAAAUUGGACAAGCAGUUCUCCCGCUGGAGAAAUGAGGCAUUUGAAGGGAACCUACAUCUUUGUGGAAGCCCUCUUAAGCGCUGCUACAAUGAUGCUGCUACUGGCAGUGAGCACUCAGGCCUAAGUGAAUCAUCAACAGUGAUAAUCUCUGCCAUUUCAACUUUAGCUGCAAUUGCAUUAUUCGUAUUUGCAGUGAGAAUCUUCUUCAAAAACAAGCAAGAGUUUUUCAGGAAAGGCAGUGAAAUGAAUUAUGUUUACUCUUCUUCUUCAUCACAAGCACAGAGAAGACCGCUUUUCCAACUAAAUGCUGCUGGAAAGAGAGACUUCAGGUGGGAAGAUAUCAUGGAUGCCACCAACAAUCUAAGUGAUGACUUCAUGAUUGGUUCAGGAGGUUCAGGGACGAUCUACAAAGCUGAAUUGGCCACUGGAGAGACAGUGGCUGUCAAGAAGAUUUCUUCAAAAGAUGAAUUUCUGUUAAACAGAAGCUUCAUAAGAGAAGUGAAGACUCUAGGGAGGAUUAGGCAUAGACAUCUGGUGAAGCUAAUAGGUUAUUGUAGCAAUAGAAACAAAGGAGCAGGUUGGAAUCUGUUGAUAUAUGAGUACAUGGAGAAUGGAAGUGUAUGGGAUUGGCUUCAUGGGAAACCAACCAAGGAUGUCAAAGUAAAGAGGAGCCUUGAUUGGGAGACAAGGUUCAAAAUUGCUGUUGGAUUAGCUCAAGGAGUGGAGUACAUCCAUCACGAUUGUGUGCCAAAGAUCAUUCACAGGGACAUCAAACCCAGCAACAUAUUGCUAGAUUCCAAAAUGGAGGCACACUUGGGAGAUUUUGGACUGGCAAAAGCACUCAUUGAGAAUUAUGACUCCAAUACUGAGUCUAGUUCUUGGUUUGCUGGGUCCUAUGGCUACAUGGCUCCAGAAUAUGCAUACUCCCUACAGGCAACAGAAAAAAGUGAUGUUUACAGCAUGGGAAUUGUGCUUAUGGAACUUGUUAGUGGUAAAAUGCCAACAAAUGAAAUGUUUGGAGCAGAGAUGGGCAUGGUGAGAUGGGUGGAGUCGCACAUUGAUAUGCAUGGCUCUGCCAGAGAGGAAUUGAUAGAUCCUGAGCUAAAACCUCUUUUACAUGGACAAGAGUUGGCUGCAUUCCAAGUGCUUGAGAUAGCCUUACAGUGUACAAAAACUACACCACAGGAGAGGCCAUCUUCAAGGAAAGUAUGCGAUCUUCUCCUCCAUGUAUUCAACAACAGAAUGGUGGACUUCCAGAAGAUGAAUUUGGCUCAUGGCAAGUGAAUUUAU